CCUCCUCCUCCUCCCUCCCUCCUUCCUUCCCUCCACCCUGAGGAGCUCUCCCCGGCAGCACCAUGGACGAGAGCUUCCGGGACCGGACGGCUUUCAUCCGGGGGGCCAAGGACAUCGCCAAGGAGGUGAAGAAGCAGGCGGCCAAGAAGGUCGGCAGGGGCAUGGACAGGGUGCAGGAUGAGUACACCAAGCGCUCCUACAGCCGCUUCGAGGAGGAGGAGGACGACGAAGACUACGCCCCCCCGGACGGCUACUACCGGGGGGGGGGCUCGGAGGCGGGGGGCGAGGAGGAAGGAGCCUCCAGCGACGCCACCGAGGGCCACGACGAGGAGGACGAGAUCUACGAGGGGGAGUACCAAGGCAUCCCCCGGCAGGACUCCGCCAAGCCCGGGGACAGGCUCGGGGCGGAGCCCGCCAGGGGCGGCUUCGAGGACGGGGAGGGCCAGCGGAGGAAGGACAAGGAGGAGCUGGCGCAGCAGUACGAGCUGAUCCUGCAGGAGUGCGGCCACGGCCGCUUCCAGUGGACUCUCUACUUCGUCCUGGGCCUGGCCCUCAUGGCCGACGGGGUGGAGGUCUUCGUGGUGGGCUUCGUCCUGCCCAGCGCCGAGAAGGAUAUGUGCCUGUCCGACUCCAACAAGGGCAUGCUGGGGCUGAUCGUGUACCUGGGCAUGAUGGUCGGAGCCUUCGUCUGGGGGGGGCUGGCAGACCGGCUGGGCCGCAGGCAGUGCCUCCUCAUCUCCCUCUCGGUCAACAGCGUCUUCGCCUUCUUCUCCUCCUUCGUGCAGGGCUACGGCACCUUCCUCUUCUGCCGCCUGCUCUCGGGCGUGGGCAUCGGGGGCUCCAUCCCCAUUGUCUUCUCCUACUUCUCGGAGUUCCUGGCGCAGGAGAAGCGUGGGGAGCACCUCAGCUGGCUCUGCAUGUUCUGGAUGAUUGGAGGCAUCUAUGCCUCAGCCAUGGCCUGGGCCAUCAUCCCCCACUACGGUUGGAGCUUCCAGAUGGGCUCAGCCUACCAGUUCCACAGCUGGAGAGUCUUCGUCCUGGUCUGCGCCUUCCCCUCCGUCUUCGCCAUCGGGGCCCUCACCACCAUGCCCGAGAGCCCUCGCUUCUACCUGGAGAACGGCAAACACGACGAGGCCUGGAUGGUGCUGAAGCAGGUCCACGACACCAACAUGAGGGCCAAAGGCCACCCCGAGAGGGUCUUCUCGGUCACCCACAUCAAGACCAUCAAGCGGGAGGAUGAACUGAUCGAGAUCCAGUCGGACACCGGCACCUGGUACCGCCGCUGGCUCGUCCGGGUGCUCAACCUCUCGCAGCAGGUGUGGAGCAACUUCCAGCAGUGCUUCGCCCCCGAGUACCGCCGCAUCACCCUGAUGAUGAUGGCAGUGUGGUUCACCAUGUCCUUCAGGUGCGCGCUCCGCGGGCACUGCCGCCGCCUGGGGGCGCUGCCGCCGCCGCCGGCCGCCGGCAGGGCACCGGG